AUGCAAGAGUUCCUAGAAAGAAUAGGUAAAGUGUGCAAGCUGAUGAAGGAGACCGAUACAUCGAUCGCAUCAGUGACAUCUGGCACAGCCUUGUUCCUUCAGUACAUCACCUUUGCUCACCUUGAGUACUCAGUGAGUCAUCUUGUGGAGCUGGACAAGGUGAAGCAAAUCAUGAUAAAACGUGGACGGACAUUUCUCCAGAAAGCUGGCGAAUCUCGGGAUAAAAUUGCCCAGCUUGCAUCGUCCUUCAUCUUAGAUGGAUCGAAGCUCCUGGUGCACUCAUAUUCCCGGGUCAUCCUGCAUGCAUUGCUCAAAGCUGCAAUGCAAAACAAGCACUUCCACGUUUACAUCACCGAAUCCCUUCCCGAUAAGAGCGGGUACUUGAUGGCUAAAGCUCUGAAGGAGAAAGAAAUUCCUUGCUGCAUCAUCCUGGACUCUGCCGUUGGAUACAUCAUGGAGGAUGUGGACUUUGUCAUGCUGGGGGCUGAAGGUGUUGUUGAGAAUGGAGGCAUAAUCAACAAGAUUGGAAGUUGCACAGUGGCAACAUGUGCCAAGGCAGCCAACAAGGAGGUGUAUGUCCUUGCUGAGAGUUUCAAGUUUGUGCGCUUGUAUCCCCUCAACCAAAAAGAUUUGCCUGAGGAGUUCAAGUUUCCAGGUCGACAUCAGAAGGGCUUGGGAGUAUCGUGGGAAGAGCAUCCGGUGGUGGAUUACACGCCCCCAGCUUUAAUCUCUUUGCUUCUCACAGAUCUUGGGAUCCUAACUCCAUCGGCCGUGAGUGACGAACUCAUCAAACUCUACCAGUGACCCUUUUUGUUUUUAUGAUUAAAAAGAUUCAUCCCUGCCAAAGACA